GCGGAGCCCUCUCCCUCCCUGGCCUUCGGGGCCCAGCGGCAUAGGGUUCGAACGGCAUCGCAGUCAGCACCCCUCGGCGCCAGGUCAUCUGAGGAUCAGAGGAUGAGAUGGUUCGAGAAGAAACUGGUACUCGCGCGCUGUGCCCUGCGGCGACUUUCCCCUUUGCGGCCAUCUAGAGAGAACCAGACGAAGCAAAGCCGGAGCAUGGAGAAGCCGGGGCGCGUUCUCGAUGUUUCUCCGGCCACCGCGCCGGCGCCUAUUAAACGAGCACUCGGCAAAUUCUGCGAGGCACAUUUACGCAACUUGUUAAUCCAGCUUGACGCUUCUUGUCAGUCAAAGUAGCACAACUGUCCAGCAAGAAGGCGAGGACCAGCAAGCAUGUCGUUGGCGCUGUCCCGAAUGCUGAUCGACAGGUUCUUCCCCGACACCGGCGCCGUCGGCGACGCGCGGCCACCGAUGGACUGGAAGGAGACGCGGGACGCGCACGUGUUCAGGAUGGACGUCCCGGGCCUGGCCAAGGACCAGGUGGCCGUCGAGCUGGUGGACGGCCGCAUCCUGCGCGUCCGCGGCGGCAAGUGGGACGACGUCGCCGCCGCCGCCGCCGACAAGGACGGCGCGGUGCCGGGCCACGGGGAAGGGAAGGAGGAGGAGGGCGGCGACGGCGCCGUGAGGUGGCACUGCAGGGAGAGGCCCGGCGCGCGAGCGUUCGAGACGCAGUUCCGGCUGCCGGACGACGCGGCGGCGGACGAGGUGCGCGCGGCCAUGGUGGACGGGGUGCUCACGGUGACCGUGCCCAAGCGGAAGGGCGGCGGCAAGAAGCGGCACCACGGCGCCAACAAGCCCGUGUGCUGCAGGUUCUGGCCCUGAGCCCUGACGCGACCGCGACGAGGCCGAUCGCCAGAAGCGUGCGUUCGCGUCAAUGUUACAGUAGGAGGACAUGGAUUCGUGUGCUUGCUUGGGUGCUUGUACAGUAGUUCGCGUGUUUGUACAAUAGCCUUGGACUGAAUUUCUUCGUUGGAUUUGUGACCGUGGUGACCUGUAAAUUCUAAUGCUUCCUUUUGUAACAAGAUUCGGAUUGUGGUUUGAUGUUCCA